AAUAUAUUUAUAUAGCUCUAAUGAGACUAGAUCAAAACUAGAUUACGGAAGCACUGUAUACGGGUCAGCAACAAAAUCAGUGCUAGCAGAUCUGGGUAGAGAGCUGGCCCAGGCUUUAAGAGUGUGUUUAGGAGCAGUAAGAACUUCCCCAGGAUGUCCAAGGACCUGCAAACAGAUGCAACAGGGCCUGGUUCCACAGUGCCUAGUUCCCGAGUAGAGUACAGCAAAACAACACCUGACUGUUUACAUAUUUAUACUGUUGAACUAUUUGCAUUACUAAUGUUAUUAGAGUGGAGUGAACAAACUAGGUGCAUCAACAUAUUAAUAUGUAGUGAUUGUGUAUCUGCCCUUACAAGCAUAAAGUCAGGCGCAGCUACACAGCUAGACGCCACCAGGAUCUGCUUUAUGAAAUUCUGUCUAUUUAUUCAAGAUUAAUCAUACAAGGGGAAAAUAUCACAUUCAUGUGGGUCCCAGCACACUCAGGUAUUCAAGGAAAAUGAGAUGGCAGAGAAACUGGCAAAAGAAGCGGUCAAAAAAGGAAAUGUUGAAAUCAGUAUUAAGUUAUCAAAAUCAGAAGGGAAAAGCAUAGUCUGGAUGAAAGUAAAUCAACAACGGAAACAACAGUGGGAUAAUGACAUUUACAGGGAGACAUUUUCAGGGAGACAUCCUCCAGCAAGGGAGGAAACGUUUGUUCAACAGUUUUAAGAAAGACGAAUGGAAAGGCGACUCUAAAAUAAACGGACUUUAAUUCAGGACUGAAGGUGGCAGUAUUGCAACAAUUUGGAUGCCAGCUGUCGUAAAACCCAAAAGAAGAAUAAGAAGGAGAAUAAGAAGGAGAAGAAGAAGAAGAGGAGGCGGAAGUCAGUCCUAAAGGGAGGGUUAUGGCGGCUCUCAGGGUGGUUGUCUUGUCCGGCUGCGGUAGGACCUUCUUAAAUGCACCAAAAACGGUGCCCAUGCCUCGGGUCAACAUGUCCUUUGCCAGUUUGCCAAGGGGGAGAAGGGUGGCCCUGACCACACUGGGAGUAUUAACUACAGGAGGGGCAGGACUGGCUCUGGUGCUCCAUCAGUCAGUCAGGGCGUCAGAAUUGGAGCUGCAUCCUCCCAAUUACCCCUGGAGCCAUAAUGGCUUACUGUCUGCUCUCGACCACGCCAGUAUCCGUCGUGGGUAUCAAGUCUACAAGCAGGUGUGUUCAGCGUGCCACAGUAUGGAGUAUCUGGCCUUCCGUAAUUUGGUGGGAGUCUCGCACACAGAGGAAGAAGCAAAAGCGUUAGCUGAGGAGAUUGAAGUUCUGGAUGGACCUGAUGAGACGGGAGAAAUGUUCACCCGGCCUGGUAAACUUUCUGAUUACUUCCCCAAGCCAUACUCCAGUCCGGAAGCUGCCCGUGCUGCCAACAACGGAGCUCUGCCCCCUGACCUCAGCUAUAUUGUCAAUGCCAGGCAUGGCGGUGAAGACUACAUCUUCUCUCUCCUAACUGGUUACUGUGAGCCUCCGGCAGGUGUGUCUAUAAGAGAAGAGCUUCACUACAACCCCUACUUCCCUGGCCAGGCGAUUGGAAUGGCUCCACCUAUUUAUAAUGAGGUGCUUGAAUAUGACGAUGGAACAUCAGCCACAAUGAGUCAGGUGGCUAAAGAUGUGUGUACUUUCCUGAGAUGGGCUGCUGAGCCAGAGCACGACCAGCGCAAGCGCAUGGGACUAAAGUUGCUAAUCGGUUCAGCUAUCCUAGCCCCACUUGUCUACUACUUGAAGAGACACAAAUGGUCUGUGCUGAAGAGCAGAAAGAUUGCCUAUAGGCCUCCCAAAUAAAGCUGGUCAGCAGCCUCCAGCUCCUGUAAUUACAGUUGAUAAAUCCAGAUUCACAAUUGUCAGACUUUUCAACAUGCACAAGUUGUCCUAAUCUGUUGCCUGUUUUAUUUCCUGCUGACCUACGAAAUGGGCACCAACUACAGCCGCAUGUUCUUUUACUGUAUAAAUAUAAAUAUUAUCUAAACAAAACAUGCAUGUUUGAGGUUACUCUUGCUUUUUGUUAUUUUAUUUAUCCCUUUUUUUUUUUUUUUUUUUAGUUUGUAAGAUCUUACAAGACUCAAAAAACGGAAACCAUCCUCUUCUGGAAAGACACUGGAUAUUGGGAGUAUAAAUCCAAUCAAAUAGAGAAAAGCCAAACAGUAUUAAAUGUCUUGAAAAGUUCAAUGAUCAAUAUGAAAUUGAAAUAUGAAUAUGAAACUGAUUUUUGUGAAGUGUUUAAGAUAUCUGUGUGAGAUUAUCCACAGCUACAGGAAGUGAGUGACUGGGGUUACAAGCUCCAGAUGAAGAAGCAGGAUGAACAGACUGGGGCAUCCAAAUUAACCUCUCGGGUCUGGUCAGGUUCAGGCAUUACAUCAGACAGCAGCUGUGCAUGUACAGCUUGAAAGACAGAGGGGACAGAUGUUAUUAUUCUUAUCAUACAUUUAUACAUUUGCUUAAAUAGUGCAUAUUGUGAUAAGUGCACGCUUGGACUAGCUUUAACAGCAUAACUAAAUGCUGUUGCAGAAAAAAAAAAAAAAUCUAAAUGUAGUUAAUUAUGAGCUAAAACCAGUGGUUUAAUACAGCUUAAUAUGACCUACUCAACAAGUUCAAGAAGGUCUAGAAAUGUUGGUCUGAAAAUGUGAACGCUACUGUGUAGUAUCAUGUCAAUAUCUAAGUGACCUUUUGGUUUUAUAUGAUCCGCCACGCCUACUUAGAUCAAAAGAUGCAGGCUAUUUGACGGCACCUCGAAUAGUGAAGGCUACAGCAGGGGGAAGAGCUUUCUCUUAUAGAGCCCCACAGUUAUGGAACAGUCUUCCAGUUAGUGUUCGGGACUCAGACACAGUCUCAGUGUUUAAGUCUAGGCUUAAAACGUAUUUGUUUACUCAAGCCUACCCUGACUAGAUUCUGUUCUACUACUUCGCAGUCAUAAUAAUCUUUUCUCUCCCUGUCUCCUUUCGCCGAGCCCCACACGAUUUUAUGGAGAUACUAGAGAUCCAGAUCCUUUCUGCCUCUGGAUGGAGCUCAAAUCUUCUCUAAUUCCAGACUGCUGGGACUACGGCUGCUCCUAAGGCCAUACAGAGUUCAUAUAAAUCCAUAAUGAACUUUUUCACACUAUCUGUUACCCAGAUGAGGAUGGGUUCCCUUCUGAGUCGGGUUCCUCUCAAGGUUUCUUCCUCUUAAAACAUCUUAGGGAGUUUUUCCUUGCCACCAUCGCCACUCAGUGGCUUUCUCAGUUGGGAUAAAUUCACACCUUUAAUAUCUGUAUACUGUGUUGAUAUUUCUGUAAAGCUGCUUUGAGACAAUGUCUAUUGUAAAAAGCGCUAUACAAAUAAAAUUGAAUUGAAUUGAAUUGAAUGUCAUGUCAUGUUAUUGCAUCAUCGGACUAUGAUAAAAUAAUCUUAAUAAUCAGAUAACCAUAAAAAUAAUGCAGCAUCAAAACAUACCAGUUUACCAAAGCUCUUUAUUCAACUGGCACUUUCAACAAUGGACACGGUCACAAAACA